CUGAUAAGUAAUAGAAUAUCGUUAUACGCGAGCGCUUUCAAGCUUUGGAUCGUCUCCUUGCCAGAGUGUAAUAUCGUCAUGAUUUCCAAUACCCUGAGAUUUACUUGCACAACCGUUUUUCUGCUGACGCUACUGCUCCUUGGAGAUUCAAACGGGAAGCCCAUAGGUCACAACAUAAACCCGCUUGGACAACCCGCAUUUUUGGAUUCGAGUCGAAAACCCUGCACUCCAGAGACCGACAGCAUAUGCCAAAGAUGCGCAAAGCAGACAAAAAGUCCGGUAGUUUAUCCAUGGUGCUGCACGAAUCACGAGGGAGCUCGGGAAUGGUGUGAGAAUUACUUGUUCUACGGCUUACCCUAAGGAUUUUUAAAUUCUUGGUACAAAUUGAUAACUACGUUCAAUUUUCCUGUGAUAUUCUCGCAUUGGGUUAACUUGACUCCCUACCGAGCUAUGCAGCUUUUUAAAAACUUGAAUUCGACAAGUCUCGAAGUGGUUUUAAGUUUGCUAUUAAUAGCAUAAGAUCAAGUACUAAUUAAAAUGAAGCAGUAAGCGGUGCACUUUCAAGUCUACUCAAAGAGCUCGGUACUGAAAUUAUAACCAAUAUACGAAGAAGAUUGUUUCCUCGUGAGAAGCGAGUAACUGUAACCAACUAAUUACUGCAAUUCAACGCAAAGGGGUCACAUGUCGGGGCGCUAAUUAAUUUGCGGACUUUGCUCGUCUGUGGAUUCAGUUCAAAAUCUGUGUUUCUCAUCUUUCACAAAAAUCAAACUGUACAAUUAGCAGUUACACACAAUUACAAUGAGUUCCAAUGAAUGCAAAGAAAACCGUCAAUGUUCUACUGCUGUUGCGCAUAUAAUGUUGAUGCAAUGUUUGGCUUGGUUGAUUAUUUAUUUAUUUAUUUAUUGAAAUUGGAUUCGCGAAUCUCUGUUUACGAGAAGUUUAAUACACUUUAUAUUCUAAACUUUAUUGUAAAAAUUGUGAAAGAGAUGAGAAAGGAAAAUCUUGACAUUCUGAAAUAUCAGAUAAU